AUGGCGGGAUCCGGCUGCGCGUGGGGCGCGGAGCCACCGCGGUUUCUGGAAGCCUUCGGGCGGCUGUGGCAGGUACAGAGCCGCCUGGGUAGCGGCUCCUCGGCCUCGGUGUAUCGGGUGCGUUGCUGCGGCACACCCGGCUCGCCCCCAGGAGCGCUGAAGCAGUUCCUACCGCCAGGAACCACCGGGGCUGCGGCCUCGGCCGCCGAGUAUGGUUUCCGCAAAGAGAGGGCGGCGCUGGAGCAGUUGCAGGGGCACAGAAACAUCGUGACUUUGUAUGGAGUCUUCACAAUCCACUUCUCUCCAAAUGUGCCAUCACGCUGUCUGUUGCUUGAACUCCUGGACGUCAGUGUUUCGGAAUUGCUUUUAUAUUCCAGUCACCAGGGUUGUUCCAUGUGGAUGAUACAGCAUUGUGCCAGAGAUGUUCUAGAGGCCCUUGCUUUCCUUCAUCAUGAGGGUUAUGUCCAUGCAGACCUCAAGCCACGUAACAUACUGUGGAGUGCCGAGAAUGAAUGUUUUAAACUCAUUGACUUUGGACUUAGCUUCAAAGAAGGCAAUCAGGAUGUAAAGUAUAUUCAGACAGACGGGUAUCGGGCUCCUGAAGCAGAACUGCAGAAUUGCUUGGCCCAGGCUGGCCUGCAGAGUGAUACAGAAUGUACCUCAGCUGUUGAUCUGUGGAGCCUAGGAAUCAUUUUACUGGAAAUGUUCUCAGGAAUGAAAUUGAAACAUACAGUCAGAUCUCAGGAAUGGAAGGCAAAUAGUUCUGCUAUUAUUGAUCACAUAUUUGCCAGUAAAGCAGUGGUGAAUGCCGCAAUUCCAGCCUAUCACCUAAGAGACCUUAUCAAAAGCAUGCUUCAUGAUGAUCCAAGCAGAAGAAUUCCUGCUGAAAUGGCAUUGUGCAGCCCGUUCUUUAGCAUUCCUUUUGCCCCUCACAUUGAAGACCUGGUGAUGCUCCCCACGCCGGUGCUGCGGCUGCUGAACGUGCUGGGCGAUGGCUACCUUGCGAACGAGGAAGAGUAUGAAGAUGUUGUAGAAGAUGUAAAAGAGGAAUGUCAAAAAUAUGGACCAGUGGUAUCUCUGCUUGUUCCAAAAGAAAAUCCGGGCAGAGGACAAGUCUUUGUUGAGUAUGCCAAUGCUGGUGAUUCCAAAGCUGCUCAGAAAUUACUGACUGGAAGGAUGUUUGAUGGAAAGUUUGUUGUGGCUACAUUUUACCCACUGAGUGCCUACAAGAGGGGAUAUCUGUAUCAAACUUUGCUUUAA